AGCAGGGAAGAGGCAGUACGAAGUGCCACAGCUAAGUCAAGUUUCAGAGAGUUAGCGCAGUUGUUGCUAACUUGCAGUUGUGCUCUUCUUUGUGUUAGACAGUUUACAGACGAAGCUUGCGAGCUCAGAGAGUAUCGAAACCGAAGAGAAUAAUACUCAGAAAGUCGUAGCCAUGAGUUAUUCUCAAGACAUCGACGGUUUUGUGAAAAGAUGGGAGCUACGAAGUGGCAACUCCCACUACCCACUGCAGUCUGCUAAAUCCUUACCUGGAACACCUCACUCCUUAAAACAUUAUCCUCUUGAACUACCUCCUUCCAUGGAUGGAAAAAUCAAGGAAAUUGCAGAGGAGUUGUUCUGCCGCUCACUGGUGGAUAGUGACAUGCGCAGUGCACCAUAUGAGUUUCCAGAAGAGAGUCCUAUUGAGCAGCUUGAAGAGCGACGUCAGCGUUUGGAGCGUCAGAUCAGCCAGGAUGUAAAACUAGAGCCCGAAAUUUUGCUCAGAGCCAAACAGGACUUCAUGAAAAUUGACAGCGAAGUGGACCUAGAGUUGUACAGAGAACAGAAUGAUAUUGUUGUGGAUUUCCCAAAGGAGCGAGAGCACCUCCUGGAGCGAGAGUAUCAGCGCGUUACUAUCUCUGGGGAGGAGAAGUGUGGGGUACCAUUUACUGACCUUCUAGAUGCUGCUAAAUGCAUUGUGAAAGCACUAUUCAUCAGACAGAAGUACAUGGCAUACUCAAUGCAGAAUUUUUUCAACACUACUUCACGAUUCUUGAGUGAGCUUGGAGACAAACCCUGGGAGACACAGUUCUAUGAUGUCACCCCUGAGUCACCCAUAGCACCAGAUGUUCCAGUACAUCCCCCAGUUAUGACUGAACAUCCGUAUGAAACAUGUGACCCUAACACCAUGCCUCCUGGGACUGGUUUCAGCUGUAAAAUGGUAGAUGGAGUCGUUCAUGUUUACACCAAGCAAGAAGUGAUGGACAAGACCACAGAACUGGACUUGCACUACCCGGAUCUACAGGAAUUCAUUGCAGACAUGAAUGUGAUGAUGGCCCUAAUUAUCAAUGGUCCAGUAAAGUCAUUCUGCUAUCGUCGACUGCAGUACCUCAGUUCCAAGUUCCAGAUGCAUGUCUUGCUAAAUGAGAUGAAAGAGUUGGCAGCACAGAAGAAAGUGCCACAUCGGGAUUUCUACAAUAUCCGUAAAGUUGACACCCACAUCCAUGCUUCAUCCUGCAUGAAUCAGAAGCAUCUGCUGCGUUUCAUCAAAAGGGCCAUGAAGAAGUACCCUGGGGAAAUUGUUCAUGUGGAGAAUGGCAAAGGGCAGACACUCCGGGAUGUUUUUGAAUCUAUGAAUGUCACAGCUUAUGAACUAAGUGUGGAUACACUGGACAUGCAUGCAGAUCGCAAUACAUUCCAUCGUUUUGAUAAGUUCAACGCCAAGUACAAUCCAAUUGGAGAGUCUAUUCUUAGGGAAAUUUUCAUCAAAACAGACAACUAUAUCAAUGGCAAAUAUUUUGCACACAUCAUCAAGGAGGUGAUGGCAGAUUUUGAGGAGAGCAAGUAUCAGAAUGCAGAGCUACGUCUGUCCAUUUAUGGACGAUCGCGAGAUGAGUGGGACCUUUUGGCAAAGUGGGCAGUUGACCAUAAGGUGCAUUCCAACAAUGUCUGCUGGCUAGUUCAAAUGCCUCGCCUUUUUGAUGUUUACCGCUCCAAGAAUCAGCUGUCAGAUUUCCAGGAAAUGUUGGAGAACAUUUUCAUGCCAUUGUUUGAAGUGACAGUUAACCCUCGCAGUCAUCCAGAACUCUACCUCUUUCUUCAGCACGUAAUUGGUUUUGACAGUGUGGACGAUGAAUCCAAACCAGAGAAUCAUAUCUUCAACUUGGACAGCCCACUUCCUGAAAACUGGAAGGAGGAUGACAAUCCACCAUAUGCAUACUAUCUCUAUUACAUUUAUGCCAAUAUGACUGUUUUAAACCACCUCCGUAGGAAGAGAGGGUUGUCCACUUUUGUACUACGUCCUCACUGUGGGGAGGCAGGGCCCAUUCAUCACCUUGUGUCAGGUUUUAUGCUGUCUGAGAAUAUUUCCCAUGGUCUGCUACUCAGGAAGGCUCCAGUACUGCAGUAUCUGUACUACCUUGCCCAGAUUGGUAUUGCCAUGUCACCGCUCAGCAACAAUAGUCUUUUCCUAAGUUAUCAUCGGAAUCCACUGCCAGAGUAUCUUUCCCGGGGGUUGAUGGUCUCACUGUCAACUGAUGACCCGCUACAGUUCCACUUCACCAAGGAACCACUGAUGGAAGAAUACAGUAUUGCUGCUCAAGUUUGGAAGCUUAGUUCAUGUGACAUGUGUGAGCUGGCCAGAAACAGUGUCCUUAUGAGUGGAUUUUCACAUAAGGUGAAAAGUCAUUGGCUUGGACCGAACUACAACAAAGAAGGCCCGGAAGGAAAUGAUAUUCGUCGUACAAAUGUUCCUGAUAUUAGAGUAGCUUACCGUCAUGAGACACUGUGUGAAGAGCUGACACUCAUCACACAAGCUGUUCAGACAGAGGAACUAGAGACCAUUGAGGAAGAAGACAGCCUGUCAAUGUCCACUGUACCAGGGUCACGAUAAAUCUGUAAGCAUCCUCCCUGCCAUGCAUGGAAAAGCUGCACAAUAGACUUUGUGGAGCAUAAAUGUUCCGCAUGAACAUUGACCUUCAAGGCAUGUUUGAACAGGCACUCAAAAUACAAGUUAUGUGACGAACUAUAUAUGUUAGUGAUUUUCUUUUUCACUUUUAUAACCUACUUAAUAUCUUAUGUGGCAAUGGCAUUUUCUAUACUGAAUGUAUGGAACUUUUUACGGACUCAGAAAUUUUAUGAGGUAGAAGGCUUCCGAAGCCUUGCACUAGUUAGCACAACUAUGGAAUCUGCAGAUGGUUUACACAUUGCAGAGAAAACUGCAGUAAAAUCUCUAAGAAUGAUGGAUAUAGAAACCUGUAGCACCUUAGCAGACUGUUUGAUGGAAAUACGUGACUGUUGUCAGAAUUGUCGUGAAGUCCAGUCUCCCAUUUGAUUAUGUUUGGAACAGCUGUGCCAAACUGUUUGACUAGGAAUUAAAUGUACGUUUAUUUUAUUAUGAUUUUAAAUUUUGCUGUACUCAAAAAAGAAUGUCACAAAUGUAAUUCCACCACUCUUGACAGGACUGCACUCCCAUCUAACAUUUUUACUUGACAGGAUGCUUAGAAUUCAUUUACAUUUUUCCACAUUGUCUGGUGUAAAAACUCUGCUUCACUUUAUAAGUGCUAGUGCUUAGAUUAAGUGCUCUGAGUUUUUGCAUCCUACUAACUCACACUAUUGAUUAGUAGGUUACAUUGCCAUUGAUGAAAGGGUGCUGAAGGGUGCAGUACCUGUAAGAUUUUGGAGUCUUUACUUGUAGUUUUAAGUAAGAAAAUGAAAAGGUUUAUUUGUUAAUUUGUGCAGUUUUUUCUUUUAAUAUUUUCAAGUUUUAAGAUAUAAUUGGCUCUCCUGUUGUAUAGAAUCAUUAUUGAAAAAUAUUUAAGAUACAGUUAGUCUUUUGUUUAUAUUUAGUUUAGCCAAAUCUGGAUACCUUCCAUGGUUUGUGUAUUUAUUUAUUUAUGCUAAGAUGUCAUUUGGCCUAAACCAUAACGUGCUUUACUUCAGAAAGUACACCCCAUCUUUUGUCUUUUGGUUGUGGAUCACAAACACAUUCAUUAAACUUUGGAUAUGUAAUCACA